UUUUGUAAUUGUUGCUCCUUGCGAAGUUGUGAGUUGCAGUGCGGUGGGGAAAAUUUUUGUGAAACGGUGAAAUUGUUUUCUUCGUAGAUGAAAAUUUCCUAAACUCAACAGAGUGGAAAAAGAGAGAAGAUGGAACCGAUAUUGGAUGCGUCCUUAGUGGCGCAAUCCAUAAAUUAUCAUGGCCAGCAGUUACAAAAAACGUGGGAGUCUGAACGAGGCGAAGAAGAUUUGGCGAAAAUUGGCGUGGGUACGCUCGACUUUGCCGUAUACCAAUCACGUCACAAGCACCUUACUUUCCAAGACCGUGGAAAAAGAUUAAAACUACAUCAAUUCAUUGCAAAAGAAGCUAAUAUGUUAUUUGAUAGUUCAGUAUUAGAAGAGACACCAACAUCUUCCAGCCUUGGAACUGAUUCUACUACUCCCGAAGACAAUUUGUAUGCCUUGAUGCCACCAUUUGAAACAUUUUUAAAUGUUGAUAAAUCAGCUAGACUUCGACACUUUUUUGAUAAUGUUAAAACAGGAGAGCUUAUAAUUGGAGCAGUAAUCAACAGAACAGCUUCUGGCAUGAUGCUGAAAGUACUCUGCACAGCAGGACCUACAUCAAGAUAUGUAGCUGAUAUCAAUGUGAAGGCUUUUUUACCCGUUGCUAAUAUCAUACCGGCGGUUGACAAGAAAAAUGUGUCAAGAAACUACUUGAUGAAUGAUACUGUCUGCUGUGAGGUUCUCGAAGUUAUCCCAGACACAGACAAAAUGGUGUGCGGCAUGAAAGGUGUCACUCGGGGUCCAGAUGAUCCACCUCCUAAACCACCAUUAGGGCUCCUCAGCACAGACGACUUCCCCUUGGUUUACAAUACAAAUCACACAAUACACAAAAAAUGAGAAAAAUGCACUGUUUUGUGUUAUUAAAACUGCAAUUCACCAUGGAUGUUUCAAAGUCCCAGUGGAGAAAUUUAAUUUGUGUUGAGGAUUGUUUUCUUGUUUUAAAUGUUACACAAAAUAACUUUGGAAAAGGUCAGUACAUAAUGUAGGGCCAUGAUGCAUACUAUGAAAAGAAUCCUAUAUUAAAGUUACUAUUUAACAUUGCAGCACUAUUAGAAACAAUUGAUUGGACUUAAUAUAAUCAGCUUUUUUUGGAUGUUGGCGUUAUUUAAUUGUUAAGCCAAUUGGAAUUUUUUGGAAUAUAUUGCGACAGUCACUUUUAGCUGAAAGGAGGCACUCGGAUGAAAUGAUAUGUGGCAGCACUUGUCUUCUACUGGGGAUAGCAAAUGAAUGUAAAAGGAUUUCCAUUAUUUUAGGGUGUUUUU